CUUAAUAUUAAAUUCCUGAAGCUCAGCGAACACUGAAGUUUAUUAGACGGGAUUUUGUGGCCUUCAAGCGACUCUUAUCUCUGGGUUGAGAAGAAGCUCCGCUUGGGUGAAUCUCUCUGCAAGAAUGGAUUUGCGUAGGAAAGACACCUCGCAUCUUUCCACUGCUCUGUCGCUGGUAAUAUGUAUUAUUGCCACCGUGUGUUGUCAUGCAAACAUUGACUGGGAAAUACAGCGCUACGACGGAUGGUACAAUAAUCUAGCGCAUCACAACCGAGGCGCGGCAGGUACUGCUUUGAUGCGCCUCCUGCCGGCCCGCUACUCUGACGGAGUUACCCAACCACUUCAAGAACCGAAUGUGCCCAACCCACGCAAAAUCAGCAAUCUCAUCAUGAAGGGCUCCUCGGGGCUGCCCUCUAGCAGGAACCGUACGGUCCUCUCUGUUGUCUUUGGUUACCAUGCUGUGUAUGAGAUCUUGGACUCCAGAAGGCCAGGCUGCCCUCCAGAAUAUAUGCACAUCGCAGUCCCAAUAGGAGACCCUGUAUUUGAUCCCAACAGUACUGGGAAGGUUCUGCUUCCAUUCCAGCGUGCCCAGUGGGACCAUGAAUCUAGUCAGAGUCCCAACAAUCCCCGGACACAGCUGAACCAUGUGACUGCUUGGAUCGAUGGAAGCUCCAUCUAUGGGGCCUCCAGCUCCUGGUGUGAUGCUCUGAGGAGCUUCAAAGGGGGUCGUUUGGCCUCAGGACCCCAGGAGGACAUGCCCAAGAAGAGUGCAGGAAAGUACUUCAUGUGGACAUCUGUGGACCCGUCCUCAGGUCAAUAUGGUCGUCAGGAUCUCUAUGAAUUUGGCAACGCUUGGGGGAACGAAAACGUGUUCACCGCAGCAGAGGGGAUCAUCUGGUUUAGGUACCACAAUUACCUCGCCUCUAAGCUGCAAGAUGAGCACCCGUCAUGGUCGGACGAGGAACUGUUUCAGUAUGCCAGGAAGAGGGUGGUGGCCACGCUCCAGAGCAUUUUGUUUUACCAAUGGCUGCCGGCAUUGCUGGGACGUGAGACAGUGCCAAUAUACUCUGGCUACCAAAAAUUUGUUGAUCCUGGAAUUUCUCCGGAGUUUCAGGCAGCUGCCAUCCGCUUUCAGUUUACUAUGGUGCCACCCGGCGUAUACAUGAGAAAUAGAACCUGCCAUUACAGGAACAUUAUCAACUUGGACGGCAGCUCAUCUCCAGGGCUGCGCGUGUGUAACAGUUUUUGGAACAGACAGAAUCCCAACCUGAGGAAUGGCCAAGAUGUGGAUGAGCUGAUGCUGGGGAUGGCGUCACAGAUUGCGGAGAAAGAGGACCAUGUCGUGGUGGAGGAUCUGAGAGAUUACAUGUAUGGAUUACUAAGGUUCUCCCGCUCUGACUUGGUGGCCAUGACAAUCCAGAGGGGCAGAGACAAUGGCCUGCCCAGCUACACCCAGGUCAGGGAGGCCUUCGAUCUGCCACCAAUUAACAGCUGGGAGGAGAUCAAUCCGGACCUGUACAGGGCUAAUCCACAGCUCUUCAUAGACCUGUCCGAACUCUACGGUAAUGAUCUUUCCAACCUGGAGCUUUUUCCGGGAGGCCUCUUGGAGUCCAUGGGCAGCCCAGGGCCCCUGUUUUCUGCCAUCAUCCUGGACCAGUUUCAACGUAUCAGGGAUGGAGAUCGCUUCUGGUUUGAGAACAAACUGAAUGGUCUAUUCACAGCCGAAGAGAUUCUGGCCAUUCGCAGCACCACUUUUCAUGAUGUGCUCGUUGCUGCCUCCAGUGCUGAGUCUGACGAUUUCCAGCGGGACGUGUUUACCUGGAAGGAAGGUGAUCCCUGCCCGCAGCCCAAGCAGAUAACGGCUGCUGACCUCUUCCCAUGCACCAAUGCCACCACCCUACACUAUUUCGAUGGCAGCUAUGCCGGCUUCGGAGUCACUGUUGCAGCCCUGUUCCUUCUCCCACCAGUCAGCCUCCUGCUUGCCUAUGUGGUGGCCUACUUCCGCAAGUCCAAAUUCAAGAGGUUUAAGAGGAAGCUCCAAACAGAGAACGGCACACAGGAGGCGGCCGUGGGAAUCUCAGCCUGUGAAUGGCAAGGCCAGAAGGGGUCCCUGCAACCGAUCAGCUUGUCCAUCGAUGCUCAGCAGAAGCUGCGUGUGACGGACAGCAGUGGGUCCACGUUGCGUUGCCUCCAACUGGCUGGUCAUAGCCAUCUCGACAUCCUUCUGUCAAGCGAUGGCCAACAGCUUGCCUUGCUGCUAAAAAUCCCCAAGGAAUAUGACCUGGUGUUGUUUUUUGAAAAUGAAAGCAAGCGUGCAGAGUUUGUGGAUUACCUUCGUUUGGAGGUGAAUGUCAGGGACAGGAGACUGCAGAUCAGGGAGAUGCGAGAACAAGAUCUUCUGGAGGAAGCGGUGACCAGGGAACAAAGGGCACAGAUUGUGGAAUCCUUCAUCAAGCAUGCCUUUUCACAGAUCUUGGAAAUUGAAAAACAAGAUUCUGGGGACUUGAGUGCUCUGUCCUCGCGGAGAACACGGGAGGCGCUGCAGUGUGAGCUCAGCAGGGCCGAGUUCGCCGAGGUCCUCAGGCUGAAACCUGACUCGCUCUUCGUGGAGUCCAUGUUCAACCUAGCUGACCAGGACGGCAACGGCUACCUCUCUUUCCAAGAGUUCCUGGACAUUAUUGUCAUUUUCAUGAAAGGUUCACCAGAAGAGAAAUCAAAGAUGAUGUUUGCAAUGCAUGACGUAGAAGGAAAUGGCUUCUUGUCCAAAGAUGAAUUUUCCAGGUUACUAAGGUCCUUCAUCGAGGUCUCCAACUGCCUAUCCAAGAGUCAGGCUGAAGAAGCCAUCAAUGCAAUGCUGCAGGCGGCCGGCUUUGAUUGCAAGGAGAAGAUCACCUGGGAGGACUUCCACUGUCUCCUCCAUGACCAUGAGAAGGAGCUCAAGUUCGCUCAGCUCAACAUCAAAGGGAUGGAGAUGCAGAGUACAACACAUCUAAACAGAAACCAGAGAGUGUCCUUCAUCACUACAGGGAAAACUAAUUCACAGGCAGGAGCAGACGAUGAUUUGACCUGCAGGGGUGUAAUGAGAGUUGGACAGGAUCUACACAGGAGACAAGGAAGGAAGAAUAACUCCCGCAGCGCGAGUGUCUACGUAAAGCCCUGGAGAGACAUCCACCGCAGGACCCGUGUCCAACAGAAGGUCCAGCAGUUCAAGCGCUUUGUGGAGAACUACCGACGCCAUAUUGUCUGUUUCAUUAUCUUCUAUGGAAUCACGGCAGGCGUGACCUUGGAGAGAUGUUACCACUACAGUUUGCAAGCGGAUGACACCGGUAUCCCAGAGUCCACCAUUGUGGGCAUCGUGGUCUCCCGCGGCUCCGCUGCUGCCAUCUCCUUCCUGUUCCCGUACAUGAUGCUCACCGUUUGCCGCAACCUCAUCACGAUGGGUCGAGAGACCAUCCUCAACCACUACAUCCCGUUUGACGCGGCCAUCGACUUCCAUCGCUGCUUGGCCAUGACAGCCAUUAUCUUGACAGUCAUCCAUAGCUUGGGUCAUGUGGUCAAUGUCUACAUUUUCUGCGUCAGCGACCUCAGUAUUCUGUCCUGCCUGUUUCCCAAAGUCUUUGCCAACGAUGGAUACGAGCUUCCACAGAAGUGGACUUUUUGGUUCUUCCAAACAGUUCCAGGCAUCACCGGCGUCCUGUUGCUCGUCAUCCUGGCCAUCAUGUACGUCUUUGCUUCCCGCCAUUUCCGCCACAUCAGCUUCCAGGGAUUCUGGUUCACGCACUACCUGUAUAUGCUUGUUUAUAUCCUGAUUGUGAUCCACGGGAGCUAUGGCUUGAUCCAGGAACCGCGAUUCCACAUCUACCUUAUCCCGCCCGCACUCCUCUUCCUGAUGGACAAGCUCAUCAGCUUGAACAGGAAAAAAGUGGAGAUUCCCGUGCUGAGGGCCGAGCUCCUCCCUUCAGAUGUGGUGUACCUGGAGUUUAAGCGACCUCAGAACUUCACAUACCGUUCAGGGCAGUGGGUGCGGAUAGCUUGCCUGGAACUGGGCACUGAUGAGUACCACCCAUUCACCAUGACCUCCGCACCCCACGAGGAGAGCCUCAGCCUCCACAUUCGUGCAGUGGGACCCUGGACCAGCCAUCUGAGGGAAGCCUACAGGCCUGAGAAUGUUCAACAACUGGGCUCCUAUCCUAAGUUGUAUCUGGAUGGACCUUUUGGGGAGGGGCACCAAGAUUGGAAGAGUUUUGAGGUGUCCGUCCUUGUGGGUGCAGGAAUUGGAGUCACCCCAUUCGCCUCCAUUCUGAAGGAUCUAGUGUUCAAGUCUUCGGUUAAAUUCAAGUUCCAGUGCAAAAAAGUGUAUUUCAUCUGGGUGACUCGGACGCAGCACCAGUUUGAGUGGGUGUCCGACAUCAUCAGGGAGGUGGAAGACAUGGAUGCCCAGGAGCUGGUCUCUGUCCACAUCUACAUCACCCAGCUGCCUGAGAAAUUUGACCUUCGGACCACCAUGCUGUACGUGUGUGAGCGUCACUUCCAGAAGGUCGUAAACCGCAGCCUGUUCACCGGCCUGCGCUCCAUCACUCAUUUUGGCCGCCCCCCCUUCACAUCCUUCUUUAGUUCCCUGCAGGAGGUGCACCCAGAGGUGGGCAAGAUCGGGGUGUUCAGCUGUGGUCCGCCUGGCCUGACGAAGAACGUCGAGAAGGCCUGUCGGAAGAUGAAUAAACGUGACCAGGCCCACUUUGUUCACCACUAUGAAAACUUUUAGUGCGACAGAGAACCAGAAACUAAGCCUGGAUUCAGACUGAAAUGGCAUCUUGCACUUAUUAAACUAACCAAAAUCUGAAGGAUGAACAUCUGCACCAUGUCAUCACAGUCCUUCAUCUUGUACUGCUAAACAAAAUAUUUAGUAAAAUAUUAGGUUUCAUAGUUCACUGCAGCCCUUGCAUGAAGUUUUACAGCCCAAAACAAAUGAUAGAUGUUCAAAAAUAAUUCAGGGAAUUGGAAGGAAUAUAACCCAGCAUAAUGGGUUUUUGUGGUAGUGAGACAGGUUGGCUGAUAAAAGUGAAUGAUAGUGAAUGUAAUGUACACUUAGACCAUAGUGCAAAAGUCAGAUUCCUUCGUAUAGCAUUUUAAUGAUCUUUAGUAUCUCACAAAAUUUCGUGUAUCAGAAGAUUAUUUUUAAUUUUUGUGAUGUAACAGA